UAUAAAGUCGAUAUUUCUUUUGGCGUGAACAAUACAUUUAUUACAUUACAUACACCCUCAACUGGGCAUUGUUCUUUCCCCAUGUCAAAAAACCUGCUCUCUCUCAUCAAACCCCUGCAUGCUACCAAAUUCAAACCAAAACCUCCGUCAAAAAUCCCCAUCACGCCUCAAAUCAAGAAACUAACAAAUGAGGUAUGUGAAAUUAUUAGGACCCAAGAAAGCCAUUGGGAAAAAGUACUCGAAACCCGCUUUUCAGAAGAGGACGUAGCUCCUUCAGAAAUUGCACACCUAGUGUUCGACAAAAUUCGUGACUGUGAACUGGGUCUCAAGUUCUAUGACUGGGUGUCGCAGAAAAGCUUUUCUCUUGAUGGGUUUGCUUAUUCUUCACUUUUGAAGCUCUUGGCUAGGUCUAGAGUGUUUACGGAGAUUGAAAAUUUGUUGGCGGAGUGUGCGAAAUGUGAGGAGAAGUUGCCUACGAGUGAGGCGUUCGAUGUUGUUAUCCGAGCCUACGCGGAAUCUGGGCAGGUUGAGAAAGCUCUUGAGUUGUAUUCAUUUGUGUUGAAAAAGUAUAAUGUGGUGCCCCAUGUUUUGGCUUGUAAUUCUUUACUUAAUGGGCUUGUAAAGAAUGGGAAAAUCGAAAUUGCACGGAAUGUAUAUGAAGAAAUGGUGAAGAGGGAUGAUGGUGUUGACAAUAUUUGUGUAGAUAAUUAUAGUGUUUGUAUAAUGGUCAGAGGGUUGUGUAAAGAAGGGAAGGUCGAGGAAGGUAAAAGGUUAAUUGAGAAAAGGUGGGGAAAGAAUGCCAUUCCGAAUAUUGUGUUUUAUAAUACUCUUAUUGACGGGUAUUGCAAGAGAGGGGAUGUUGACAGAGCUCAUCGGCUUCUCAACGAGUUGAAAUUGAAGGGAUUUUUGCCCACGGUGGAGACAUAUGCAGCUAUGAUAAACGGGAUUUGCAAAGAAGGGAGUUUUGAGAAACUUAAUGAACUUUUAAAGGAAAUGGAAUCAAUGGGCAUCCAAGUUAACACUGAAGUGUACAAUAGUAUAAUCGAGGGUAGAUAUAGGCAUGGCUUUGCUGGGGAUGCAGUAGAGACCACGAGGAAAAUGAUUGAGGUUGGUUGCAAGUUGGAUAUAGUGACAUAUAAUAUUUUGAUUUCUAAUGCAUGUAGGGAUGGGAAGUUACAGGAAGCUGAAAAGCUUCUAGAGCAGGUGAAAAGGAGAGGACAUAUACCGAAUAAGCUAAGUUUCACUCCUCUUAUACACACCUACUGCAGACAGGGGGAUUUUGAGAGGGCCUCAAGCUUGGUUGUUGAGAUGACAGAAUGUGGACAUAAACCUGAUUUAGUAACUUAUGGAGCUCUUGUACAUGGGUUAGUUGUUUCUGGGGAGGUUGAUGCUGCAUUGACAAUUCGAGACAAAAUGAUUGAGAGGGGUCUAUCCCCUGAUUCAGGUAUUUACAAUGUUUUGAUGAAUGGCCUAUGCAAAACUGGAAGGUUUCUUGCUGCUAAGCAGCUUCUUUCAGAUAUGCUUGGCCAUGGUAUACUACCUGAUAUGCAUGUUUAUGCUACUUUGGUGGAUGGAUGUAUCAGAAAUGAUAAUCUUGAUGAGGCAAAGAAAAUCUUUGAUGAUAUAAUUAAGAGGGGUGUGGAUCCUGGGGUAGUUGGCUACAAUGCGAUGAUUAAGGGCUUCUGUAAAUCUAGGAUGAUGACAGACGCAAUCAUCUGUAUGAAUAAAAUGGUAAAUAGAAAUAUUUCUCCUGAUGAAUUUACUUAUUCUACUAUUAUAGAUGGGUAUAUAAAGCAACAUGAUCUGUAUGGUGCAUUAAAAUUUUUUAGCCUUAUGGUAAAACGGAAUUCUACGCCAAAUGUGGUCACUUAUACCUCUCUCAUUGAUGGGUUUUGUCGCAACAGAUAUUCUGUUGGAGCCGAAAAGAUUUUUAGAGAAAUGAAAAUG